AUUCAAUAAUAUCUACGGAUUCUCAAUCCAAUAUCAACGAGCUUUAUACAACUGGCCUAUCAUUGGCCCUUUUUUUUUUAAAUUCUGAAGUAUCUACAAAAUGGCAGUCUUUGGAAGCAAGAAAUUUCGUGGUGCUGCACAUUCAAAUACUUUUGCCGCAAAAUAUCGUAGUGCUCUGGCCAAACAUCCCUUCGCCCUCUUCGGUUUACCAUUUAUUUUAACCAUGGUUGCUGGAUCCUUCUUCCUUACUCCUGCCACAGCUGUCAGAUAUGAGAAGCACGACAAACGUGUGAAAAGAUUAAGUAAAGACGAGGAACUUGGAAUUGGCAAGACUGGAAGGCGAGUGGAUAUGAAAGAAGAAUACUACGUGAGUGUGCCAUCAUACAAUUAUGCUUGGGAACAAUGUACUGAUUUCUGAUGCUAUUAUAGAGGCUUGCGGCAAAAGAUUUAGAUGAUUGGGAGCAAAAGCGAGUCAAGAGACUUCCAGGUGAACAUGAUGGUAAAAUAUAAUCAGAUGUUUGAGGGAAAGAGGAAGAGGAAGGAAGAGUAGGGGCAAAGAAAGCCCUCGGCCACCAAUCUCGAACCCGAAGAUUUGCGCAAUAUUGUGGCUCAAGUUCUCUGAGCUGUGUGGACUUUAAAACAACUUCUCACCUCAGACGAUGAUACGAGCGAUAUAAAGCUACGACCAAAUAAUAAAGGCAUCUUUUAAGACCUACAUCGUGACGCCUUAGGUAGUAGGUCAGACAUUCCGGUACUCGAUACUGAAAGAGCUCUUGCUUUGGUCAAGACAACCUACUCCACUCAUGAUUCGAAUUGGAUACGGGUCGUAACCCCAUUCACAUAUACAAAAUAGUGACAGAUUGAAUUCACAAUUUCAGCAUGAUGAGUCUGCUGCAACUGACACUGUUUAUCCUCUAUCCUUGCUACGACGUGGACCUGUUAUCUCCAAACUCCUACUCCUGCCAUUCUGGCCUGGCAGUUUUGCAGUGUUCGCAAUAAUGUGGCAAUCCGGACUCCUUUCCAAGCAUCAUUCACAAACCCCUUCUCCUUCGACACAUUUAAAUGCCU